AUGAAGGUCGCCGCCCACUCCGAGUCUCGGUUUGGGAACGCGUCGCACCGUCGACGAGACCAGGCACUCUCGAUUCUCGGUUCUCCACCGUCUGCCCUGCAUAUCCUGUUUCUGCUUCUUCUCCACUCUUUCCCUUUUCCCGUUUCCCGUUUUCUGAUUGCCAUCGGCUUGCACAGUAGCUCGAGCGUAACAGUGUGCGCGAUUUCACCGCACACCCUCCCAGAUCGACUACUGUCCUGCUACGAUAUGGGCUUUUCCAGACUGGUAGAGAAAGGCAGGAGACAUCUAGGUGAUCCUCCUCCAGAUGAGGCCUAUCUAUCUUUCAUGAGAGCAGACGUCGAUAGUAUCAAGGACGACUGGCUUACAGACAAUGUGCGCAUUAGAACAGUCUUAAAUGCUACAAGGGCAAUCGUGGCUGACCACACUCAUAGGCAAUCGCAUUCUGGCAAGAGUCAGUUUGACGAUUUCUUGCAGAAAGAUUGUAGACUGAAAACUCUUGUCAGAUUCCUCGAGCGCGAAGAGCUCACCGCUUUUCCCAAAGCCUCUAUCGUCCUCCUCCGCCCUUCCAUGUCCUACAUGCUUAUGCAGACUGCCAACCCUCUCACGCUCAAAGAGGUCCUUCCAAGUUUCGCUACCACCACACACGUCUUCCUACCCAUAAAUGACAACAUGGACGUCACACAGGCAGAAGGAGGAUCGCAUUGGUCGCUACUCCUCGUAUCCAUCAUCGACGGUGUAUCGUUUCACUAUGACUCCAUGUCGCAAUCAAAUGCACGGGAAGCCCGGAACACAACGAUGAAAAUGGAGCAGCUGCUUGGAAAGAGAUUGAGGUUUAUACCUAUGGACGACAGUCCGCAGCAAGAGAAUGGGAGCGACUGUGGCGUUUUCGUGUGUGUGCUUAUGAGACAUCUGUUGCUGAAGAGACUUUUGCGGGCAGACGCUAGCAAGAAGGUCAGCAUGAGUAUGAGGGAUGCCUAUAUCAAUGCAAAAGACGGGCGAAAGACUAUGCUCAAGAUUAUCGAGGAAAGGAAGAAAGAAGGCGAGAGGCGGCGAUCUCGCAGUCAUUCACCCUGGCGUCCAAAGUCUGCCCAAUCCAAGAGCCCACCGCGCAUCGGUGCCGAGCAGCCAGAAAAUGCCCAGGGUGUUCGCCAAAGUAUGGACAGCCGCACCAGCAACCUGCGAUAA